AUGUACAGUCGCAAAGCUUGGGGAGGAAACGUCGAUCCUUUCAUACUGGUGAAAUUCUCCAAGUCAGCAGCAUCAGAAAGCGAUCCACUGGCUAGCUUGGUCAUAUUUGAAUGGUCUGACGAGGAAUUGAUUGGGAAAUACCGUUCCGACGACGCCGAGGUCAAGGAAACAAUUUGCGAUGCCUCCAACGUCGAUGCGAAGAUCUGUACCGAGGAUCAACUCGGGUCUUUCGUCCUCACAAACAAUGCCUCUGACGUAUCUACAAGCCCCAUUAUCUCGAAGGCGAUCCAUCUGAAUGACCCGGAUGCCUUGAAAUACCCUGUCAGAAAGACUGGAUUUUACUGCGUGAGCACGUAUGCGUACUCUGGGGAGGACUACAAAGCAGUCGUCACAUUCCGGAAUUCCUAUGGUGAGCUUCCAGCUGCGCAAAUCGCGAAGCUUCCAUUCUAUGGUGCUUUGACCAUUGUGUACGCCGUGAUCGGAAUCUUCUGGGCAUUCCUCUACGUGCAAAACCGUUAUGAUAUCUUGCCUGUUCAAAACUAUAUCACAGCGAUUGUUGUCUUCCUGAUCGUUGAGCAAUUGAUGACAUGGGGAUUUUAUGGCAAUUCGACAGAAUUCCAGAACCGCAAUGGACUCAACGGCGGAGCGAAGGCCCUGAUGGUCAUUGUCGCUGUUCUCAAUGCAGGUAGAAACGCCUUCUCGUUCUUCCUUCUUCUCAUCGUUUGCAUGGGCUACGGUGUGGUGAAACAUUCUCUUGGCCGAACAAUGAUCUAUGUCCGUGUCCUGGCAAUCGCACACUUCAUUUUCGCGGUUGUCUACUCGGUGGCCAGUCUGUCGAUCACCCCAGAGAGUGCCGGUCCCCUGGUGCUUCUAAUCGUUCUUCCACUUGCCGGCACACUCACUGCGUUCUACGUGUGGACCCUGAACUCCCUAAACGCCACCAUGAAGGAUCUCAUUGACCGAAAGCAAAAGACCAAGGCUAUGAUGUACAAAAAGCUGUGGUGGUGUAUCCUGGGAAGCAUCAUCGUGAUCUUCGGUUUCUUCUUCAUCAACUCGUUCGCCUUCGCCGGACGCAGUGACGCGAGCUUUGUUCCCGAACACUGGAAGGCAAGAUGGUUUGUUUUGGAUGGUUGGCUCAACCUGGUGUACCUGUUCGAUAUCGGAUUUGUGGCCUAUCUGUGGCGACCAACCGCUAACAACCGCCGCUUUGCCAUGAGUGACGAGCUUGCUCAAGAUGACGAUGGAUUUGAGAUCCGAUCAUUCGGCAGUGGGCUGGAUGAGGAGGAUGCAUAUGAUGCCCCGCCUGACUACCCUGGCAGCUCGGCUGCCGAAGGCCGUCGUGACUUGUCCCCGGUGCCUCCUAAGCCUGUCUCUUCAGCCCCACGACAGCGUGAAUCUCUUGAGGAGGAAACGAUAUUCGCAGUGGGCGAAGAAGACGGCGAGAGAUGGUCGGAGGAUGACGAGUCACCUCGCAACUCGAACGAGAGAGAACGACUCACCGGCAAAAACAAAGAUUAG